AUGCUGGUUGAAAAGACAACUUUCUCCUGUCUCCAUCUCACUCCUGCCCAGCUGCCUGACCUGCUGCACUUCGUCAGCGCCUCUUCCCGCCGCCGCUCAUAUGUUCGCAAAAUCGGACUACUGGUAAUCCUGCCUGGGUAUAGUAUUCCCGCCCGAGGCGAAGUUCAAACCGCCGAUGAGCAACGGCGCAAUGACGAGUCCUUCACCCGUGCUAUUCACAGUCUAUUCGACAUCUUGAGUCUUUGGCCUGAUAGCUGCCACCUUACACUCCGUGUCUUCGCUCGCUCUCCUGGUGAUUUGAAUGGAGAGCCGGAUAUGACAAAACGGAAAAAGAGACUUUUGUACAAGCGCCGCGGCAAUGACUUGCUCGACCUACGGUAUCACCACUCAUAUCUGCGCUUGUCGGCCCUAGAGCAUACCUUGCCACCGGUGAGAGCGAUAGUCGACCUGGAUGUCAUUGGAGAUAUCUCUUAUUCUGACUAUCGGCGGAUUGCCCCAGCUGCGGUAUCGGGGAUCAUCUCGUGCCUGCCUCGCUUGAGGACGGUGAAUGGGGUGCUCUGUGAUAAUGAGAGGAGGGAUAUGACAGUAAGACAAUCACUGAGAGAUGAAUUCGGCGUUUCCUUAACGCAGUGGCCUGCCUCAAUACAGCAUCUCCAUCUCAAAUACCGGGGUGACCCGCCUGGGAAUGAGAACAGGCCGCCACCGAGGCUCUCUGAGAAGGGAACAGACGCGCUCUGUCUUGCCCUGAACCGCUUAAGUCAACAGCUUGUGACAGUCGAGCUCGAAGAUAUAACAACCGGGACCGAGCUUUUCUGGCCCUCCAAUACUGCAUCAAUCUCCCCUCCGCUAUGGCCGCACCUCACUCACUUCACUGUCGUAUAUAGAAGCGCUACUGCCUGUGGGCAAUGGCUCUUUGACCGGGACCCUCGCUCCAAAGUCAAGAACUACGAGCAUGAACGGCCUUACGAAGACCUAACGGAGGAUUGGCCCGACGCCCGUGUUCCGGCAGAACAGGACUAUCCUGUGGAUUUCUUCAGGACUAAGCCUGCUCCAGUUCUCAGCGAACUAUACAGGUCCGCCGGCUUGGCGGCACAACAGAUGCCCCUACUCCAGCAAAUGGUAUUGGUUGCACAAGUUCGAGCUUCGCACUUGGAAUGCCGGGAGACGACGGCGGUGCCUCAGGCGGAGCAUUGGUUCCGGUACCUGCGGACAAGCAACCUCGUUCAGUGGGUGGGGUUCUCUGAGUUUCAUCCAACCGAGGAAGUUUUAGAUACCUGGCGGGACGUCGGGAAAAGCCAUGGCUUAGAGCAGAUGAACUUUGAGGUAAGCGGUCACCAGCUCUACCAUUGGUGCUAUGCUAAGUUUGCAGAACAUGGGGUUUGUCUCGUGCCCUAG